UUGGGUUGCAUAACUUAAUCCUUAUCUGAUUUCUUGGAAUUAAUUUAUUGUUGUGCAAUAAAAACAAUAAUUUCGGUGUGUAAUUAAAAAAAUGAGUAAACCUAAAGUUUUAAUUACAAACCCGGAAGUACCAGAAAUUGCUUUAAAUCUUCUACGAGAGAAAUGUGAAUUAAUAGUAAACGAAGAACAACCUUACCCAAGUAAAGCUGAAAUUGUUGCUAAAUGUAAAGGAGUUGAUGCGAUUUUUUGGGUUAGUAAAUACUCCUUUGAUGAAGAAAUCCUUCAAGCUGCUGGUGCCCAAAUGCAAGUUGCCUCAACUAUGUCUGCAGGGUUGGAUAACGUUGAUUUAGUCGCUUUAAAAAGGCAUGGAGUUAAAUUAGGGCAUACCCCGGUUGUUUUAAACGAAGCAGUCUCUGAUGUUGCUAUUUUAUUAAUUUUAGCUACAUCAAGAAGGAUUAUCGAAGGGAGAUUAGCCAUUGAGAACAAUUCUUGGAGAUAUGGCCCACAAUGGCAAUUAGGUCGUGAUAUUUCUGGAUCAACCGUAGGAAUCGUUGGUUUGGGAAAUAUCGGCCAAACCAUUGUGAAAAAACUAAAACCUUUCGGGGUUUCAACCUUUUUAUAUUCAGGGCAUAAAGAAUCAAAUGCUGGGAAAGAACUUGGUUGUGAAUUCGUUACUUUUGACGAGUUAUUAGUUAAAAGUGAUUUCGUGGUUUGUUCUUGCCCCUUAACUGAUGAAACUCGAGGAAUGUUUAAUGAGGCGGCUUUUAAUAAAAUGAAAUCAACGGGAAUUUUUAUUAAUAUAGCUCGCGGGGGGAUUGUUGUUCAAGAAGAUUUAGUAAAAGUGUUGGAGAAUAAGCGGAUUUUUGGUGCUGGGUUGGAUGUAAUGACUCCUGAGCCUUUACCAAGGGAUGAUCCAUUGUUGAAGUUAUCAAAUUGUGUGCUUCUUCCUCAUAUUGGAAGUGCUACGGUUAACACAAGAAAUUCGAUGGCUGAGUUAGCUGCACAAAAUAUUUUAAUGGGGUUAGGUGGCCAAAAAAUGUUUACACCGGCUUAUUAAAUUAAUUCUUUUAA